GCCGCCUCCCUUUUUCUCUGUCUUCCUCACCCACCCCCUUUCUCUCCGUCUCCCUCGUCCCUACACCUCCAGUCUGCUUCUGUUGUCUCGGCGGAUUGUUGGACUGUGGGAGAGAAAGGAUAUCGCGAGUAUUGGAGUUUUGGUGAGAGUUUGUGGAAGAUGGCGCCUGUUGUGACAGGGAAGUUCGGGGAGCGCCCUCAGCCACUGCGCCUAACAAGAGAAGCGAUGAGGAAUUACCUGAAGGAGCGAGGUGACCAAACUGUCAUGAUCCUGCACGCAAAAGUUGCACAGAAAUCCUAUGGCAAUGAGAAAAGGUUCUUCUGCCCUCCUCCGUGCGUUUACCUGAUGGGCAGUGGCUGGAAGAAAAAGAAGGAACAGAUGGAGCGGGACGGCUGCUCCGAGCAGGAGUCGCAGCCUUGUGCCUUCAUCGGCAUCGGCAACAGCGACCAAGAAAUGCAACAGCUAAACUUAGAGGGAAAGAAUUAUUGCACUGCCAAAACCUUGUACAUAUCCGACUCCGACAAGAGAAAGCACUUCAUGUUGUCUGUCAAGAUGUUCUACGGCAACAGCACUGACAUCGGUGUCUUCCUCAGCAAGAGGAUCAAAGUCAUCUCCAAGCCCUCCAAAAAGAAGCAGUCCCUCAAAAACGCUGACCUGUGCAUUGCAUCAGGGACCAAGGUGGCACUGUUCAACCGUCUUCGGUCCCAAACAGUCAGCACGCGCUAUCUACACGUGGAGGGCGGCAACUUUCACGCCAGCUCCCAGCAGUGGGGCGCCUUUUACAUCCACCUGUUGGAUGACGAGGAGUCAGAAGGAGAAGAGUUCACUGUGAGAGACGGUUACAUCCACUACGGCCAGACAGUCAAGCUGGUUUGCUCUGUCACUGGCAUGGCCCUGCCCAGACUGAUCAUCCGUAAAGUGGACAAGCAGACGGCGCUGCUGGACGCCGACGACCCCGUCUCCCAGCUCCACAAGUGUGCCUUCUACCUGAAGGACACAGAACGCAUGUACCUGUGCCUUUCCCAAGAAAGGAUCAUCCAGUUUCAAGCCACUCCAUGCCCAAAGGAACCAAACAAGGAGAUGAUCAACGACGGCGCCUCCUGGACAAUCAUCAGCACAGACAAGGCUGAAUACACUUUCUACGAGGGCAUGGGCCCCGUCCACUCACCUGUCACCCCUGUGCCUGUGGUAGAGAGCUUACAGCUAAACGGUGGAGGCGAUGUCGCCAUGCUGGAGCUGACAGGACAGAACUUCACUCCAAAUCUGCGGGUCUGGUUCGGAGACGUUGAGGCCGAGACCAUGUACAGGUGUGCAGAGAGCAUGCUGUGUGUGGUGCCCGACAUCUCCGCCUUCCGCGAGGGCUGGCGCUGGGUGCGGCAGCCCGUCCAGGUGCCCGUGACGUUGGUUAGGAAUGACGGCAUCAUCUAUUCCACCACACUGACCUUCACCUACACGCCGGAGCCCGGCCCGCGGCCACACUGCAGUGCCGCCGGGGCCAUCCUGCGGGCUGGAAACUCCAGCCUGCUCAGCAACAACAGCCAGGAGGCCGGCCCCGGCAUCUACGGCCCCAACAGCACCUCCAACGCAGGAGUUACAUCCUCAUCCUCCACCGCCGCAGCUGUGGUCUCCUAACGCACACAGGGGGCCACUCAAUACUAUAUGCCUUGAGAGCAAAUGUACCACAAGGUAUAUAACGACUAUGGGAAAUAAUAACAAAGACUGACUCACUCUAAAGUGCUGCGUAUUAAUUUUGGAUACAAAGAAGCUGAAAUGGAAAAAUUGGUGGGAGAAAGUAGCAAACGCAGGGGGAAACUGAAGGAGGAGUGACAUCACAACGCUGUCAGCUAACGGGAAUAAGCGAGAAGUGCUCCUUGACACGCCCCCUCUCCUGUGGUUACUGUCGGGACCUGCCUAUCCAGUUCUGGUGUUUUGGAAUGAGUGCAAUUCCUGCAGGCUCAGAGCACCAGCACCUUUCUACGGCUGUAAGAAUGGAAACCACCACAACAAUACAUCCACCGUGUACAAACAAAUCUCUUGAAAGGAAAGUAUAUUUUUUGCUCCCAACCCCCUCCCACCACUUGUUUUAUAAUUAUUCCUUUUUUUAUUUUGUGUUAUUUUGCAUCUAUUUGUGGUUUCCUAAAGGGGGCUGGAUGUAUUGUUGUUGGAGGGAGCGCAAGGAUGCAAUGGGACACACCUAAAACGUGACGAUAACAUAGUUUUUAUGGACCAAGGAUCUUGUAUAAGCUUUAGUAAAGGUACAUUUUUCUCCAUACCUUUUUUUGUAUUAAACAUAUAGUACACUUUUGUUACCAAAUAGUUUCUAUUCUUCCUUUGAGCUUGGGCUUUGUUUUCCCCCUUUUGAGGUCCAAAAUCCCAACCUGUAUGUUAUUGCGACCUUACUACAAAUGCCUGCUUUGUCAGUCCUUUGGAUUGAACCUUUUUUUUUUUUUUUUUUUUUUUUUGAUACUCUUGUUGUUGGGAAAAAAGAAAUCUGAAGUUUGGGUUGUUUAUUUGCUUAAGCGAAGGUUAAUUAUUAUUAUUUUUUUAAAUAGGGGAAUAACCUCAGAGGGCCUAUGUUUUCUCAUUUGGUUUUUAUGAAGUCUUUAAAAAGAAAAGCUUUAAGCAACGCCUCUGCCUUGCCUGCAAUACUCUAUGUGCGCUAUGUCUCCUUUGGAAAGUAUACACAUCAGUACAUCUCAACAUGGAGCCAUAGCAACAUUUGCAGAAUACAUGAAAAACUAGACUUCCGUAGUUACAAAAACAAGUCAGUUUGUCAUUUUCAAACUAAUGUAACAAGCGUAGUCAUUUACUUAAAAGGAUAGCCUUAGUACUGUAUAUUCUUCCUGUGUACACAGUCCAACUGCUCACAUAUCUAAUAUCCUGUAUCUGUUGCUCUAUUGGUCACUGUUAACGUAUCAUAAUGUAGUCAAACUUAAAACUGCAGCUAGCUAGGUUUCUUCCAAUGUGUGCUGUAGUUGUGGUGGCAUUUAACUCCAGUGGUUUUCCAAAAAGAUGGACACUUUUCAAUUUGAUGUGGCCUUACCGAUAACUUCAAUUUAAAAAAAAAAAAAAAAAAAAAAAAAAAGGACUUCACCUUUUCUUAUCUGCUGUUUACUCACCUCUGAAGAACCUGUGCAUAGCACAAAAACAAGCUAAUGCCUCGCUUCUUGCCACAGGAGCUCUGCUGUUUUGAGCUCAUUGCCGCGGCUCCAGAACCACCUUGUCAUGCAAGCAGCCUUCUGAAGGAUCGGUCAGCCUUCGGCUUCUUUUGGGUGUUCAAAGUAACAUAAGCCCGUUUUUUUAUUCUCAUGCGGUGCCCAGCACCUUUUCACUUUUGGUACAAUGUCUCACGAGCGCUGUAAGCUCUUUUCAGCCUUCCUUUAAAAAAAAAAAAAAAAAAAAAAAAAAAAAAAAAAAAAAUCCUGUGGUUUAUUAUCUUUGCAGAAACAAGCCUGUGUACAUACUCACUGUCCGAGUAGUUGCACUCAUCUUCAUCAUCUGUGUCCAUGGCGACCGCGUCUCCUGUAGGAGUAUAAAGGCCUUCUAAAUGUGUAUUAUUGAAGAUGUGCAUUUCCACAACAGAACAGCAAUAUUGUACAGGUCAUUUCAUCGUUUUUGUCUGCCUGAGCACUAGUUCACCAGCCAGCAAAUAUGUGUAUGUGUGUGUGUGUGUGUGACUGUCAUAUGUAGUUGCUGUAAUGGAAUAUUGAGUCAGACUCGCUCCAUUUCAAAGUGUGUUCCAACUGCUCUCCCAAAAAAAAAAAAAAAAAAAAAAAAAAGAACCUGAGAUUAAUGGGGUGUUUCUGUCUUCCACCAGGAUCCAAAUGUCUGAUAAUUGUGGAUAAACAUUCAAAGGCAAUACUUGUGAUCUUUAAGUAUUACAGUACAACUGUAUACAUGUCUGGGGGGGGGGAACAACACUGUAACUUGAAUGUCUGCUUAAUGAAGUAUUUCAGAAUUUCCUUACAAACAAACCCUUGAAAUAGGAACAAAAAAGGAUUCGCUUGCUCCAUCCUCAAUGUAAAAAAAUAUUAAGUUAUGCCCCCAUUUCGCCACCCUGGCCCACCUGUCAUUAAUGUCAAAUGUUUUAUAUUGUAAUAUUGAUAUUUUUUAAAUUAUUGGUACAAAGUCUCCCCUUGUCUUAUGUCAAAAAGAAAAGUGCUUUAUUGCCCGUGCUGCCUAGGUUGGCCUGGGAGUGAUUUUUUUUUUUUUUUUUUUUUUUUUUUUUUUUUUUUUUUUUAAAAGAGGCCACUUCCUGUCUGUCCUGGACUCGUGGAGGAGUUGGUGCUGCAGCGGCAGUGUAGCGUCCAAACCCAACAUUUGCGCUCCUUCACACUGAACUCUUGUGCCGAGCUGCAGGUCAACCUGAACCCUUUACUCUGCAGGAUGGAGAUCACAAAAUCUGAACUGUAGAUUUUUUUAACUUGGGUGUUUUUUUCUUUUUUUCUACUUGCUCUAAAUUCAGCGAGUUUUUAACAUAGCCUCUGCAUUAGCAUCACCCGCUGCCCCCAUCCCCCCAGCCCUCCUUCCCCCUUGAGCUUGGAUAUUUUUAGCUUUUUGUUUACAUGCUGAAUCACCUCUUACGGCUAACCGCCCCUGGGUUCUCUACGUCUCCUCACGCGAGUCUGAACAGAGCAGCUUUGUCACAUUAGCUCAAACUAAUAAAGGGGGGGUGAUGCACGCUUUUAAAAAUGUGUCGCCUAGACAAUCGGAGCUGGUUUACAGUUUAUUUCUCUCUCAACACGUUGAGAGAUAGGGAGGAUACAGAAUGACUUGAUAACAUGCCUCACUCAUAAAGGUGAUGAACUAUCAAAAGGGGUCAAAAAACUAAUGUUACAUACCUUCUUAAACACGCAUGCUGUAUUAACCUGGCAACCGAGAGAAAACAAAACAAAAAACGCCAUCUCAUUAGCGAUGCUUUUACAAGAUAUCGUAACCGGUUUCUUUCUCUUGUGUGUCUGGUCAUAUUUGUUUUACUCUUCCAAAAGCAGCUGUCCUUGUGUUGUUUUUUUUUUUUUUUUUUUUUUUUUAUAAUGAGAUCUGAACAAUGUAUCCUCUAAUAUGCCAAAUGUCUUUUAUAAUGUAGUUUUCAUGCACUGCUAAACAAAACAGGGCAGAGUGAGAGGCAGCUUUAAACAAAUUUAAAAAAAAAAAAGGAGUGUGGAGCCCUUCUCUGUCGCACUCAGCCUUACUUCUCCUUUAUACUAUUUGGCUGUUUGCACUACAGAGCGCUAACCUUUCUUUUUCUCUCACACAUUUCAUUCUCACUCUUUACCGCUCAUGUUUAUGUGUGUACAUUAGGAGUUUUCCCCCCUCCCUUUAGUUUUUAACAUGCAGCCUGUUAUGCUUAGCUUUGCUACAGUUGGAUCACUUUUUUUUUGUUGUCAUUUCCCCCUCCUCUCCUUCUCCAUGUCCUUUCACUCUCACUGUAUCUGUGUAUUAUUCUAGUAAAUGGUAAGCAGAGGUGUCAUUGUGGUAGUAUACUCAGUGCUCAAAGGGUUGCUGAUGGUAGAAACCUGUGCCGUUUGUAACAUUUAGCAAUAACGUCAAAACAAAGGGGACGUUUUUUUUUUAUAACAUACAUUAGUUUUGUUUUUGUACAUAUUGCAGCUCCAGAUCAUGCUCAAAUCUGUAUGUCCUUAAA